UAUUUACUUUUAAACAUCAUAAGGAAUUGAAAAUAUAGAAAGAAACUCUCUAACAAAAUGUCAAAGGAAACUUGUGAUGAAAAAGUAGAUCUUACCUAUGAGGAAUUUUUACUUGUCCAUCAAAACCAACUGGAGAAUUCAUGUGUACCACAGCUGUACUGGGCAACUCUUUUUAGAAAGUUGAAAAAUGAGAUAUUUGAUGCUGGUGAGGUGUUCCAGAUUCAGUGUGUUGAGGAGGCGGUUGAUGAUGAGGUCAAUGAGGUCAGUGAAGAAAAUGAUGCCAGCAGAAAUACUUGGAGAGUUAUUGUCAAUAACCAAGACGGAAUCAAAUGCAUCGAUAAAAAACAUAUCUACCUUAUUGAUCAUGCAUGGACAUAUCGUGUACAUGAAGCAAGGCAGUACUUGAUGCAAGUAGCAGGGUUAAAGGAGAGGAUGUGUGCAUUGAUGGAUGUCCAAAUAGAAAAUAGAGAGGAGAAAGAAGUAAUAGAUGAUAUACUGAAGGAAAUGUGGAAGUUUAAUAACACAUACAGUAUUGGGAACUAUGAACUAGGUACAAAUGAACGUCUUCCUAUAUGGUAUGUAAUGGAUGAGUUUGGUUCUCGUAUUCAACAUUCAGACAUGCCUUCAUUUAAAAUGGCACCUUUCAUGUACGGACCACAAAAUCUGGCAUUUUCUAUCAUAUGGCCAGUUAGAGAUUUGGAGAAAGGAGAGCGAGACAGUAAGCAAGAAGAUUAUGUACCAAAUUUCAGCCAUCCAGAAACGCGAGAAAAAGCUCUACUGUUACCGUACGCAGGCUUGGAUCACCAGGUAGAUGACUUUACAGAUAUUUCAUAUGAACAACCAGAGCCUGAUCCUUCUUUUUUCUCUGCACACAGGAUAGAAGAAGACACAGGACCAGGUCUGACAGAUGUUCCUCCACUACCUACUGACAGGAAGUUAAAAGUUUGUCUAGAUUACCCACAAUCCCCAGAACUGACAGACAGCAGGUUUGUAAUGGUGGACACUGGUGAAGAGGCAGACAUUCUCUGGACACGCCAUAGCUUCAAAGAGUAUUGUUCCCUUUAUGGUGGAGGAACUUACAAAUACAUUAAUCAGUUUCCUAGUGAACAGUGUUUAACAGUAAAAGAUUUGUUACCAAUUGUGUGCCGACGAGCAGGGAGUGGAAAGUUUGAUGCCAAAACGCUGGAAGGUUCACCAAAAUGGUUGCCAGUCUCAUAUAAUCUGAAUACUGAAAUGGACAAAUUUGUUUCCUACUUUCAACACCGAGAAGAAAAAGGUUUGGAUAAUGUGUGGAUAUUGAAGCCCUGGAAUCUGUCAAACUCAGCUGACAUUACAGUUAGUAAUGAUAUCAACCAAAUUGUACGCUUCUCUGAAAGUGGUCCAAAGAUAGCAUGUAAGUACAUUUCGGACACAGUAACUAUUUACAGAGAAGACAUCAAGUCAGAUGUGAAGGUGGACUUUCGUUUCCUUGUGUUUAUGGCCAGUAAAAAUCCACUAAAACUUUGGGUGUAUAAACCAUUUAGUGUCAGAAGAGGGCACAAACAGUAUGAGCUUACUGACUUUGAUGAUUUCUUGAGGCAUUUGACAUAUGUUGGUCUUUAUGAAUAUAACGUAUACAGACCUGGUAUGUAUACAGAACAGUUUAUAGAACCGUUUGAAGCUGAAAAUCCAGGAUUUAAAUGGGAAACUAUAGAGGCUGAAAUACACAAGAUGUUUCUGGAAGUAUUCCAGGCAGCAACCAGUAAAGAUCCCCCAGCAGGGAUUGGACAUUUUCCCCUCUCUAGGGCUGUUUAUGGUAUUGAUUUACUGUUACAGUGGAGCACAAAUGAAAAAGGGGAGAAGUAUGUACAGCCGAUGUUGAGUGAGGUUAACUUUGCCUGUGAUUACACAAGCUGGAUGGAAGAGUACCCAGAAAUGUUAAAUGAUGCAUUCAGUACAUUAUUCUUCAAUGAUAUCAAGGGCCGGGAAGAUAGAGUCAUACCAUUGUCAUGACACAAUAUGUAAACCAGAAAAACAAUUACAUGCAGGUGGACAAAAUAUCAUGGAAGCAAGAUAUUUUCCAAAAGCACAUGUCAAAUAGUAAAUAGCCUGGAGCUUGAAAAUGUUUUAGUGAGAAAAUAUUAAUUACUAAAUGAAUAUUAUUACUCAUUGAAUAUUUUUUCAUUAAACUGCAAUAAGAACAGGUUUUAACGUUUUUAAGUUCGACUAUUCGAACAAUAGUUGGGCUAAACUACUUACCCAGUUAUACAUGCAACUUCUUUUACAAUAUCAUAUGUAAGCAAAUAUUAAUAAUACAUGUACUUUCUUGCCUUGUUUUAAUAACACAUUCAAUAUUUUAUUUUUUCAAUUUAAUAGUUAUACAAUAAAAUUUGUGUUAAAUCAUCUUAUUUUACAUUACUGUAUAAAUAAUUAAACUAUUAAUUGUUAACAUAUGUUAUUUCACCGUAAUAAGACAGACACCUGUCUAAUCAUUUAAUUUUACUGUAAUAACAACAAAGUAAUUUGUUAAGAUAUUUUUAUUUCAUUAAUGAUAAAAUUGUUUUGAAAAUAGAUUUUAACAAAUUGUCAAUUGUUUUAUUACAUUGCAUGGUAUGCAGAAGACAGCUAAUACACAUUUAUAUAAUGUGCCAAAAAAGUUUUGAAAAAAAAAAACAACAA